GUGAGACGGCUACAGUGCAUUUGAUUUCCCCCGAAGGUCUGACUCGGACUGAGUUGCGGCUUGUUCUGUCUGCUUGGUGAAUGCGUGAUUGGCAAUUGCUCUGCGGACGAAAACAGAUUGCGAGAACGUUGUCGAAGAAGUUUGAGGAAGGUCGCCUGCAGGGGCGCAUUGAUCUGGAAGCUUGAUCCUCUGCAUCACAAUGGCUUCCUCCCUGGUUUCCAAGGUCAAUGUGGCCUCCAAGGCCUUCCUGGGUCAGGCGGUGACGUCUGCGGAGACGGUCGCGACCACCAGCGCUAGGUCUUUCAAGGUUGUUGCUAGGACCACGCAGCAGAAGGCAGCUGGCACUGCGAAGAAGGCGUUUGGCACUGCCAAGCAGGCUGUGGGGACCGCCAAGAAGGCUGUCGGCACCGUCAGGAAGCAGGCUCCCCUUGCUAAGGUUUCUGCGCCUAUCAAGAAGGCCGCUCCUGCUGUCAAGAAGGCUGCUCCCGCUGCUGCGAGGACUGUAAAGAGGGCCGCCAGGAAGGCUACCGGAAACGCUAGCGAUGACGAGCUGUCCAAGUGGUAUGGGCCUAACAGGAGGCUGUUCCUGCCUGAGGGCCUCCUCGAUAGGGAGGAGGUGCCAUCAUACCUCACCGGAGAAAUCCCCGGAGACUACGGAUACGACCCUCUUGGCCUCGGAAAGAAGGAGAAGGACUUCGACCAGUACCGCGCUGCUGAGCUGAUCCACGCAAGAUGGGCGAUGCUCGGAGCUGCCGGUAUUGUCAUCCCUGAGGCCUUCAACAGGUCUGGCCUGCCCUGCGGCCCUGAGGCCGUCUGGUGGAAGACCGGCGCCCAGCUCCUGGAGGGAGAGUCCCUGCAGUGGUGCGGCAUCACUAUCCCCCUCAACCUGGCUGCCGCCACCAUUGCUGAGAUCGUCCUUGUCGGUGGAGCCGAGUACUACCGGUCCGCAAACAAGAGCCCCCUCGGAUCGGACCUUGACCCCCUCCACCCCGGUGGUGCCUUCGACCCCUUGGGUCUGGCUGACGACCCGGACCAGUUCGCUCUCCUCAAGGUGAAGGAGAUCAAGAACGGACGCCUUGCCCUCUUCUCCCUGCUCGGAUUCUUCGUACAAGCGUACGUCACGCAAGAUGGCCCCGUGGCCAACUUGGCUGCCCAUUUGGAUGACCCCUUCGCCAACAACAUCAUCUCUGUUAUCGGCGGAAACAUCGAGAGGUCGCCAGUGUUGUAAAACAGCCGACUCUACUGACUGUUUUGUGUAUGAUUUCGAGUUCGCCCUCAUAAAAUCUGCAGAGCUAUUCAAAGAGACGAGUUGGCAAAGUUGAUUCCUCUGCGGAGCCAGAAAGUUCUUUACAAGCCGUAGAUACGCAGAAUGGAGGUCUGUACCGCCAAAAUGGAUUCUCAAGUGUUAUUCAUGUAACGAGCUUAAGAGCAAGCCUUGCAGAUCCCGGUCUGAUCUGCAAGUUUUCGUUAAAUUUGAGGUUCGGCUGCAGAUCGAGAAUUCUUUCAGCCAUCCUCGAGCAAAGCUCAAGUCAUUCAGUUGUUUGCAGUGACGG